AUGGCGGAGUCAGGAGGAGGAGGCGGCGGCGGCACUUAUGAGUUUCUAAAACAAAGGAGGAGGCUGCAGCAGCAGCAGCAUCAUGAAGUGGGGGCGGGGCUGGAGAUGGUGGUGGGUGCAGAGAAAAAAGAAAGAAUAUUCUCUUGUCAAUACUGUCCCCGGAAGUUCAGCACUUCCCAAGCUCUGGGCGGCCACCAGAAUGCCCACAAGAGAGAAAGAGCCGCCGCUCGCUUCAAUGCUCAUUUGCACCUCCACCAUUCAUCAACAAUAUCCUCAUCCUCACCACAACCUCCUGCAGACAGUACCUUCACUAAACUCCAUCCUCAAACUUAUAAUAAUAUUAUUAAUCCCACUCCCAUUCCCAGUACUACUACUUUCAACUGGUUCGACCACCUGCCCUUUCAACUCCGCCCUUCCACCUCCCCUACUCCCUCCGCCGCAGCCUGCCGCCUCCUCCUCGCCACCGCCACCACCACCACCACCACUAACCCUGUUGAUCAUCAACAUCAUCAUCAUCAUUGUCAGACUCUCUCUUCUCCUUCUGCUUCUACUCCUGCUACAUCACCUUCCGACGCCGUCACCGUCUCUCAUGACCAUGCAGUUCACAACCUUGAUCUUACCCUCCGCUUAUGA